AUGCAAGCUCAUUUCACAGCAUCUCUGUCUCAGCAGUUAAAUGCUUUAUUAUCUGAAGCUUCUCUGAUACUUCAAUCUGUAAAAGUUACUCCAUCAACAGUCUCCUCAAAAAAUAAACCAGCUCCUUCAACAUCAUUUCUUCAAAGAUCUGUGUUGCAGGUACGCGAUCUUCCUGAAUGUUUAAGAGAGAGCCAGAAUCUUCAAUCUUUAUCAACAGAAGCUCUAGCAUAUUCUAUAUCGACUCUAAAAAAACUUCCAUCAUGUCAAACCCCUCAAGCUCAAACUUUAUUAUCUCAAUUUUCGGGGGAGUUAUCUAAUUUGUCACCAUUUAAUACUUUUAGAUUAUCAAGAGCAACGUAUAGUUCAAGGAUGUUAUUAUUUAAUCCAACAAAUAAACAAGGAUUCUCAAUUCAAAAUUUUCUAAAUAGUCGUCGAUUUUUUGGAUCAAAUUCUUCUGCUAUCCGAUAUAUUAAUCAGCGAAGAUUACAACUAAUAGAAACUGAAGCUAAUGCAUCCCCCAAUGAUUCAGCAAAACAAGCAGAAUUUUAUAAAGCAAAUCAUCCUAAUGCAGUUAUAGCUCGGUUUGAACGUGGGAGGUAUGCACACGACGAGGAAUGUUUACAGGCGUAUGUAAUUGCAUUGGCAAGAGUCGGGCAAAGUGAUAAAAUUUUGCCAAAAAUAGUGGAAAAAUUAGAACAGCUUAAUAUAGAAGGAGGUUUAAAAUUUUCAACAGCUGAUUUAGUACAAAAUAUUCUUAAAGGUCAAGGAAAAAAAGUGAAUGUUGAAAAUGGACCUACAACAAUAAAUACAUCAAAUGUAGGCAAUAAAGAAAAUCCAAUUUAUGUUGUAGUUGAUGAAGCCCGAGGAUAUAUAUUUUGGCGUGCUUUACGUUGGUUGGGAAUUACAUUGACUUAUGCAUUCUGCAUAUUUACAUUCUUAAGUAUUGCUAUGGAAAAUUCGGGUUUAUUAAAGACUGGUGGGUCACAAUCGGAAUACGAGCCAUCAUCUCAGCAGAUAGUGAAAUUUUCUGAUGUACAUGGUGUAGACGAAGCUAAAGAAGAAUUGGAAGAGCUGGUUGAAUUUUUGAAAGAUCCAUCAAAAUUCACUAAUUUAGGUGGUAAACUUCCAAAAGGUGUCCUUCUUACUGGUCCACCAGGUACAGGGAAAACGUUGCUUGCACGUGCUGUUGCGGGUGAAGCAGGCGUCCCUUUCUUUUUCAUGUCAGGCUCUGAAUUUGAUGAAAUGUAUGUCGGUGUUGGUGCAAGAAGAGUUAGAGAACUUUUUGCUCCUAGUAUAGUUUUUAUCGAUGAGUUGGAUGCAAUUGGUUCAAAACGUAAUCCAAAGGAUCAAACAUAUAUGAAACAGACCCUUAAUCAAUUGUUGGUUGAUUUGGAUGGAUUUUCACAAACUGAAGGUGUAAUUUUUAUCGCAGCUACUAACUUUCCAGAACUUUUAGAUAAAGCAUUAAUUCGUCCCGGUCGUUUCGAUAGACAUGUUGCAGUGCCACUUCCUGACGUUCGUGGUAGAAUGCAAAUUUUAUCACAUCAUUUACAAAGCGUCCAAAUUUCACAUGAUGUAGAUAUUAGUGUAGUUGCACGGGGAACCCCUGGAUUUUCAGGUGCAGAUUUAGCAAAUUUGAUUAAUCAAGCAGCCAUUCAAGCUUCACGUGAUGGAGCUCAAGAGGUUUCAAUGCGACACAUGGAAUACGCUAAAGACAAAAUAAUUAUGGGAGCAGAACGUAAAUCUGCUGUAAUUACAGAUGAAAGUAAACGGGUAACUGCCUAUCAUGAGGGUGGGCAUACUUUAGUGGCAUUAUAUACACCUGGAGCAUUACCAUUACACAAGGCUACAAUCAUGCCUCGUGGUUCUGCUCUUGGUAUGACAGUGCAACUUCCUGAAAUUGAUAGAGAUUCAUAUACUAAAAAAGAAUAUUUAGCAAUGGUUGAUGUGUGUAUGGCAGGACGUGUUGCAGAAGAAUUAAUUUUUGGUAAAGAAAAUGUGACAUCAGGAUCUCAUAACGAUAUUAUGAAGGCAACUGAAAUUGCUAAAAAUAUGGUAAGGACAUUUGGUAUGAGUGACAAGGUAGGACCUGUUGCUCAUUCAGAUGAAGACAUGGAAAAUUUAAGCACUAAAACUAAAUUAGUCAUCGAAAGUGAAAUCAAAUCUUUAGUUGAGAAUGCCCAAGCACGUGCAACUAAUAUUUUAAGAACACAUAAAGACGAAUUACAUCGUCUAGCAAAAGCCUUAAUGGAUUAUGAAACACUCACACAGGAAGAAAUUGAUUCGGUUGUUAAAGGAAAAAACAUUCAACGAUAA